AUGAAAAAAGGAGGCACUAUCCUCCCGAGAACCGUCAAGCAGAUUGCUUGUGAAACCAUAUAUGAUUAUUACACAUAUAUUCUCGACAAUUUCAUUCUUCCUACAUGGUUAUAUCCCUUUGCAAAAGUUUAUGUUACAUUUGCAACUUGUUUGCUCUUUACAAACUUCCAUCAAGCUGGAACAGGUAUUAAGCCAUUAGAAGUUUUCUUAAACCUUUACGCCACAGCUUUGGAUGAUCAAUGGACAACAAUAAAUUUCAUCAUCAACUUGAUUUUAAAUGUUAUUAUUUAUUCCAGUAUCAUCGGCUGCUCAAUUGUAUACGCAACACGAAGUCAUAUGCGAAAAUGGUCGACAACUUUCAACGUUAUUUGCAUCGAAUUCCUUAUGCCAUUCAUUUUAUUGACUAGUGGUAGCCAAAUCGGAAAUAAUGUCGGCUUGCUAUAUGAUGAUAUCCGUAAUUCCAUAAUCUGGUUAUAUACGAUCAUCCAGUUGUUUUGGGUGGUUGUUACGUUUAUUUUCAAUAGCUUGUUCCUUGCAUCAUACAUUCCAUUUGUUCCUGGUAGAUCUUCAGCUUUAACACCGGCAUUCCAGAGCUUUGAGUUAAAUAUCAUUAUUGUCAUCAGAAUUCUUGCAAGAUCGGCAAAUGCAACAAUCGGAACAAUUGUUGCCAAGAUAUGUCGUGUUUUAAUAGCUAUCUUAUUGGCUAUUGGCAUUUUCAUCAUUAUAUUUUAUAACAUCAACCAUUCACGUACAUACUCAGCCUUCAUUUCCGCAGUUUUCUGUGCUGGUUUUGUCCUCGAUGUACUCGGUAUCUUCAUCAGCCUUGAUUGGGUCAUCCGUUUACUUAUAUUCUUUGGCAUCAUCGCAAUUGGUACAUUUGUGAUUAACAUUAUCCUUAAGCGUCAACAAAAGAAAGUAUCCGAAAUCUUUACAGCCAUGGAAAACGAAGAAUUAACUUUCGAAGAUGUAUUUCCAAAAAUAAAUGGCCAAUACUUAAGAUACUGCAUGGAAGCCUUCAAGAUGGGCCAUCCCUACCUUCUUACCUUCAAACCAUUAGUCGAAGGCGCUCAUAAUGAAAAUACCAAUUCAAAAGUAUGGAUGUUCUAUCUCCGAGUACUUGCAAUCUACAACAGCCGUAUCUACGAUCUCAUGAACGCUUGCUCCGAGUUCAAGCGUCUCGGAUUUGCCGAUAUUCAAUCCAUAUUAUUUGUCAGAGGCAUCGAACACAUCAUAGAAUACAGAUCUCCAAAGGUAACUAAGCAAUGCAAGUCCAUCCUCAAGAAUAUCCAGACCCAAACUCGUAUGCUCAAAGGCACAGUCGUCAAAUACUGGGAAGCCAUCGAAAGCGACUAUCCAGGAGGUGCAUACGCAUACGGCGCAUCCGCACAGAAGCAGAUGGACCAGAUAGAAAAGGUCUACGACUCAGCAUUGACUAAAUGGCCGAACGCAUCUUUGAUUUACAAGUCGUAUUCCAGGUUCAUUAACCACAUCUGCAACAACAGGAUGAAAGGCGAACAGUACGCAGCGUUAGGAAGCGUAACUCGUAAGAUCGAUCUCAUAGAAAUCCGUGCAAAGAAGUUAUUCCCGUUAUUACCAAUGGUUUUACCUGAUCCAGAGAAUGCAAUGCGUGAAGAUGCCCACAACAAGAAUGAUGGUGCUUCUGUUUUAUCAGCAUCUCUUGCAGGAAGUUCAUCAAACUCAUUGAACGAUAAUGAAGAACUUGAAGCGGAACUUGCCCAACAAAACACUUUGUAUGAAAUGGGUAAAAGAGCUUCAAUUCCUAUUAAUUACUGCAUCACAGCAUUUGUCAUCAUUUCCUUCAUUUUGUUGUUCGGAUUAGGUGUUGUAAUGACAAAUGUCAUCAUUCUCCAAAAGUACCAAGUUUUCAAGACUCUUCUUGAGUUCCUUUCUUCUUUCACUUCGAUGUUGUUCUACAGUUCAAGAACUGUUUAUUACAUGGCUUCUUUUGUUGCUGAUAAACUCGGUUUGAGUUAUAAUACAACAACAGUGACAAAACUUUUAGGUGCUGAAUCAGAAUUGGCAACAUUAAAUUCAACAUCGAAUCUCAUCAUUUCUGACAUAAUGGAACUGAAUACAAACAUUGCAAACUUCCUUUCUUUGAAGCCAACUGUUAAAGAUUACAUAGGAAAUGUAACAGAAUUAGUUACAAACAUUCAAAUUAAAUAUAACAUGAUAUAUUUGAAUACUUCAAAUAUAUUCAAUAACAACAAACCUUACAUUCCUCUCUUGGCAGCCAUGAAUGUACAGGCUUCUUACAUUUCUAGUUUCUCUCAAAAAUUUGUUGAAAACGCUGCAAGUUAUCAGAGAGAGAAGUGGUUUAUGUACAUGUUAGAAAACAAUUAUAGAGUUAAUGAUGCUUUGGAUCUUCUUUCUAAAUAUGUAGCAUCGAACAUGCUUGAUUUCGCUACUGAAAUCAAUCAAUUCGCAAUGAUAAUGUGUAUUGUUUUCUCUUGUAUUUCUGUUUUGGUUUUCCCAAUCACAUUAAUCAUGCUCAGAAUACAAGCAAAGAAAUACGAUUACAUCAUCAAUUCAAUGCACAAGAUCCCAUCAUUAGUCAUUAUCCAGCACAUCUCUGAACUCACAAAUAACUCCUUGGAAGAUAAAAACAACAGAGCUGAAGUUGCUUUACAAAUUCAGAAUUCUCAUGGAAUUCAGACAGUUUUGGUCUCAAUUUUGUCAGGUUUUUGCAUUAUAAUUUUUGCCGCAAUUUAUGUUGUUAAUUAUUUAGUUUUGACACAAUCCACUGAUUCAUUCAGAGUUCUUCCAUAUCAGAUGAUGAACAGUGCAUUGCUUGCAAACCACAUUUAUGAUGAAAUGGCUACAAUGAAGAGAGUUUUCGGUGUAAAUCAAAAUCUUUCAUUCAACACCGAUACAUCAUAUCUUGGUAAAACUAUUUGGCCAGAAACAACAAGAAAGAUCGAAGAUUCCAUUAACCAAAUGUUGUUUGGUGUUUCAUCACAAACAAAUGUUUCUUAUGGCUAUCUUUUGACGAAAUCAAAUUCCAGAAAUCUUUUCUUCUCAGGCGAAAACUCUACAGGAACAAGUCUUCAUGAUUUCAUGAUUAAGUUCGGAUACGUGUUCAGUAUCGAAGUCGAUGCCAGCGAAAUCAGAUUCUUCGAUGACAAAGCAACAAACAAAAACAUCUUCAACAGAGAUAAUGAAAGAUUGAACAAUAUGUUGCAUUAUAACGAUAUCCACUUAUCUACAGGAAUUCUUGAUAAAAUUAUUAGCAACACUUUCGUUGAUAUGAAUGAUGUCAUCCAGAAACAAGUUGCUUUGGCAAUUGUUACACCUAUUGUUGGAUUCCUUAUUUUGGCAACUUUCAUUGGUAUCUUUGUUUAUUACCAAGGAAAAGUUCUUAGGACAUUCAGAUUCACAAUUAUGUCUUUGUCAAUGCUCGACCAAAAAUUCAUUCAAUCCAAUGAAAGAUUACUUGAUAUUGUUGCAGGAGACUUCAACUCUGAUAAGCAGAGUGAAUCUAUUCCUUCACAUUACAUCCAGUGUUUGAAAGAACACACAAAUGAUCCUGUAAUUCUGACAACAAAGAACUUCGACAUUAUCGAGAUGAAUAAUGCAGCAAAGAACAUUUCAAAGAACGCUGUACACGCUAAGAAUGUCGAAGAUCUCUUUGGAAACAUCCCUAAUGAAUUCAGAAAGGUUGUUGAAUCUAAUGAGCCAUGCAUGGAAUCAGUAGAAAGAAUAAUGAAAGAUGAUGAUGGAAAAGAAUACAAAGCAGCAGUUUCCAUCACUCAAACAAACAACAACGACAUCUUUAUCAUUAUUCAUAGAGAUAUUGUUGCAGAACAAUUGAAGGAAGAGCGCGAGAAGACAGAGAGCAAACUCAAGAACAUCAUUUACAGAUUAGUUCCUCACGAUUUCAGAGAAAUCUUUGGUGAUAAUUUGUUCAGAACUGUUCAGUUCGAAAAUUUGCUUGUUCUCGCAAUCAGAGCUAAAAACAUCACUUUCAAUGAAGAUGAUGAUGACGACAAACUCAAGGUGACACUCAACAAGAUGAGUAUCUUCAACAAAUCUAUAAUUAAUGCUUCAAAGUCCAGUGAUGAUUGCGCAAUCGCAAAGAAACACAACAUGACGAAUUUCGUGAUAUUUAACUUCAAAUCUCAAAAGAGAUCAAUGACACAACCAAUGGAACAGGCCCUGGAAAUCAUCAAACAGGUAAACAGUGAAUGCUCAAGCAAUGGAAUUUCUAUUUCUGCUUCUGUUGCAUACGCAAAGAUGUGUUUCAUUGGAAUUCCUUCAAUCAACAAGGCAAAAUUCAAUGUUUUCUUCCCUGAAUUAGGAAUGAUGUUGCAUUCAUUGGAUAACUCGAAUGAAGAUGAAUUACAUUGUUUCUACUUGGAUAGAGAUAUCCCACAAAGAUUACGUGAAAAGGUCAGAAAGAGCGACGAAUGCUCUUUGUUAAUGAUCAAAGACUGUGUUUAA